AUGUUGACAACUAAGAUAAUAAGGUGCAGUACCUUGUGUAUUACUAGAAUUGGUAUAACCAGACCGUUUUCCAGUUCAAUUCCACUUUCUAAAUCUCCAUUUAGAACAUCGGACAAUCAGAUAGAUACUGGUGAUAUCUCCACCGAAAACAAUCCGUGGUCGCCAACCUUAUACUCAGAUUCAAUAUAUGUUCAAGAACCAAAGAAAUUUACCAAAACUAAGUUGCCAUGGUAUUAUAGAUUGUCCUAUCUGCCAUUGUAUGAAGCUCCAAGUGCAAAAUACGUUUCUUUACUAAAGAGAAUGACGAUUGGUUUCACAAUUUUAGGAAUGUAUGGAUCAAAGUUACUCUUGGAUUCUACCCAACUUGAGGAUAUUUACGCAUAUACUGUCGCCUUAAUGUCCAUGGCACCUACAGCAAUUGUACAAUAUAAAACAAGAGAUUACGUUACCAGAAUUUUCCGAUUAUAUGACAAAAACAAGCCUCAAACUUUAGAAAAUUUGGUUAGUGAUGAAAAAUUAAUUAUGGAAAAGCUAAAUUUUACUGGUAAUACCACUUAUAAUGAGUUGUUAGACAUUUCCAAUAGCAAAACUUUGAAACUAACUCCAAAGAACAAACAAAAUUGGAUGAUGCCAUAUUCAACAUGGGAGGAAAUCGAGCCCGAAAGCCAAACCAAGAGAAGCUACUAUAUCGAAGAUAACAUUGGUGGGUUGAAAAUGGAUAGAAUUUGGGGAAAAGUUGAAAAACAAAGUGGCGUCAAUAACGGAAGAUCAGAUUGGGAAGACUCUAAAUAA